UAUGUUUCGCCAUGGUAAUAUGGUAUUCGGCCGAAUCCAGACCCUCAUCCCACAAACCCAAAGUGUUUCUCAUCUCCUUCAACUUCACUCUAUCCUCCUAAAAUCCGCGCUCGAUCAUGAUAACGACUUGGUGAGCCAGAUUGUCUUAUCCGCAUGCUCCAUAUCUGUAAAUUGUGCCAAAUUGGUUUUCGAUAACAUACCCAUUGUUCCUCCAAUUUUUGCUUGGAAUACCAUCAUCAAAGCAUUUGCAAAGAGUUCAACUCCAGUUGAAUCUGUCAAGCUCUUUUGUCGGUUGCGAAGUUUUGGUCUUCAACCGGACAAUUUUACGUAUCCUUUCGUCCUUAAAGCUUGUGGCCGCUGCUCAUUGGUUCGGCAAGGUGGGAUGGUGCAUUGCUUGACUUUGAAGACCGCUUUUGAUUCGGAUCGGUAUAUAGGCAAUACCUUGUUGAAGAUGUAUGUAGACUGUGGCUACGUUGAGUCUGCAAGACAGGCGCUUGAUGAAAUGUCUGUUAGAGAUGUUGUGUCAUGGAGUUCAAUGAUUGCUGCAUAUAUCGCCUGCAACUCUCCUUCAGUUGCACUGAAUGUAUGUCAAGAGAUGAGGAUAUCCAAUGUAAAGCCCAACGCAAUCACCUUCGUUAGUUUGCUUUCCGCUUGUACCCAUCUGCUCAAUAUCAGUGCAGGGAAGUCCAUUCAUUCCUAUAUCAUCAGGAAUCACAUUGAACUGGAUGUUGCUUUGGGUACAGCCCUGUUUGAGAUGUAUUCAAAGUGCGGACUAAUCGAAAAAGCCCUUCAAAUUUUCAAUUCAAUGCAUGAAAAGAACUUGCUGUCAUGGACAAGCAUGAUAUCUGCUCUUGCAAAUCAUGGACGUCACAAGGAUGCUUUUUCUCUGUUCAGCCAGAUGAAAGAUAUAGGACUUCAACCUGAUAGUCUAUCAUUUUCCGUGAUUCUAUCAGCUUGCAGCCACAUGGGACUUGUUUAUGAGGGCAAGAAGUAUUUUGAUGAGAUGGUUUCUUUGUACAACAUAAAGCCGUCCAUUGAGCAUUAUGGAUGCAUGGUUGAUUUGCUAGGAAGAGCAGGCUUGAUAGAAGAAGCUUAUGAUGUCAUCAAGAACAUGCCGGUGGAGCCUAAUGAUGUCAUAUUAAGGAGUUUCCUUGCCUCUUGCCAAAAUCACGGUUGUUUCCCUAGUUUGGAUGAUAGGCUUCUCUCUAAAUUGGAGCCUGAAAUAGGGCCAAACUAUGUAAUUACUGCUAAUAUUCUUUCGCUUUCUGGUUCAAGUGAUGAUGCCAAUAACUUGAGAGUAGUUAUGAAACAGAAAGGUUUGAUGAAAAUUCCCGGUUGUAGUUGGGUGGAUGUGCCAAAUGGUUAACCAGAGCCGUCUUAUUCCUUCCAG